UCCAUAUUCUAUACAUAUUUCUGAAGUUAAAAUCCACCAUGGAGAUGUCACCAUUAAGACAACCUGUCGCGACAAAGAAAACCAUGUCCAGAAAAGCUAGAAGGAUAUGGAAGUUGAAGCUUACUGUCACAUGGCGAGCUAUCAAGAAGGCUUUUACAAGCAAGCAUCGUCUUCGUUUAAGCUGUACAGGCAACAUGAAACAGCUUUCCACCUUUAAACUCCAUCAGGAACUAGCAACGAAAACAAAGAAGAAUGGUGAUUGUCAUCCCCACAAAACACUAGCACAUCUUCUCGUGCCCCGUACGGCCUUGGAUUUUAUCGACCGAGGAGAUCAAAUGACUCCUACAUUAUCUCCCAAAGAGAACAUAUCCUCAAGAUGGCAAGAAAUUCAUGGUUCUCGCAAUUGGGAGAACCUUCUUGACCCUCUCCAUCCUUGGCUACGACGAGAAGUUGUCAAGUACGGAGAAUUCGUCGAAGCAACUUAUGAUGCCUUCGAUUUCGAUCCAUUAUCCGAGUACUGUGGGAGCUGCUUGUAUAACCGGCACAAGAUCUUUGAGGAACUAGGCCUUACAAAACAUGGCUACAGAGCGACCAAGUACAUUUAUGCCAUGUCCCAUGUUGAUGUGCCUGAAUGGUUUGCUAGGACGCAUACUACAUGGAGCAAAGAUUCAAAUUGGAUGGGAUUUGUCGCGGUGACCAAUGAUCAGGAAUCACAAAGAAUUGGGCGGCGAGACAUAAUGGUGGCGUGGCGGGGCACAGUGGCACCGACAGAAUGGUAUAAUGACCUGAGGACAGAUCUUGAGUAUUUUGAGGAAGAUCAAGAUCAUAAGAAAAAUCAUGUUAAGGUACAAGAAGGGUUCCUUAGCAUAUACAAAUCUAAAAGUGAGGAAACGAGGUAUAAUAAGUUAAGUGCAUCUGAGCAAGUUAUGAAAGAAUUGAAAAAGCUAGUCAAUCUUUACAGAGAAAAUGGUGAAGAGGUUAGCUUAACACUUACAGGUCAUAGCCUAGGAGGUGCAUUAGCACUUCUCAACGCAUAUGAGGCUGCAACUUCAAUUCCCAAUGUUUUCAUUAGUGUCAUUUCUUUUGGCGCACCAAGAGUUGGAAACCUUGCAUUUAAAGAGAAGCUUAAUGAGCUCGGGGUAAAGACUCUUCGCGUGGUUAUUAAGCAAGAUAUAGUCCCAAAACUUCCUGGGAUUAUAGUGAACAAAAUUCUUAACAAGCUUAGCAAAAUCACUCAUAAAUUAAACUGGGUUUAUAGGCAUGUAGGAACCCAAUUGAAGCUUGAUAUGUUCAUCUCACCUUACUUGAAGCAGGAGUCAGACAUGUCUGGGUCUCAUAAUUUAGAAGUAUACCUUCAUCUUUUGGAUGGAUUUUUAGGCAAGAAAUUGAACUAUAGAUGGAAUGCUAGGAGAGAUUUGGCAUUGGUGAAUAAGAGUACUAAUAUGCUGAUAGAGGAGCUAAAAAUACCAGAAUUUUGGUACCAGUUGCCACAUAAAGGACUUGUGUUGAACAAAUAUGGUAGAUGGGUUAAGCCAAGUAGAGUGGCUGAAGACAUUCCUUCUCCAUUCAGUUCUGAAAUAUCCAGGCAUGAUCUUUCAUUUUAGUUCAUAUGUGUCCCAUGGAAUGGAUAAAUUCUCCAUCUCCUUCAUUUUUUUUUUGGGUUGAAUGUAAAGGUCCUUAAUUUGAUUGAGCUUUUUCCUCAUAAUAGUAAUUGAGAUUGAUUUCAUUAAAUUAUUGUACAAAA